GACAGGUUACCGUCUCGGAGACGCCAUCCGAGCCCACGAGGCCGCCAACAGGUCCUCCCGCAAGCGUAAGGCCGAAGAUCUGGAGCCGGAGGAUCUAGAUCCCGAUCUGGCUGCCUAGGACGCAGCUAGUCAGGCAUUCCUCGCAUCUGAAACCUCCCGCGCUCCUGCCGCCGCUGGCAAUGAAGCCGGCCCCGUACUGAAUGUUCACAAUAUCCCGCCAUCCAACCCUGCCGCUACUUGGCAACCAAAGUCGUGGAUCAGAUCCAUCAUGGCGUCCUUGACCGGAGCCGUCACUACAAUCACUACACAGCUCGGCAGUUUUGUCAAGCAGUGUAGGGUUCGCCCAGGUCCACGUAUGCGGCAAGUCGAUCCUACCACGGGUCAUGUCAGCUCGAAAAGACGAUGCUGUUCAUUGGAUGACGACCCAGUUCGUUGGAUUGACGAGGAAAACCGUCUGAACGUUCUGCGCCAGAGACUCGGCUUCGUCGCUGCUUUGAAGCGCACGGUCGAAAAUAUCGACGACACGAUGGUCAUCGAUUCUCAUCACGAACCCACACCUCCUACUUCACCCAACGGCAUCACUUCACCCAACGGCAUCACCAGAGAUUCACUCCAGGAUCUUGAUCACAAUCCCUUCGAGAGCUCGCAGCUCACGCGUUUUGUGGAGAUUAAGCCGAUCCUCGCUGAUGCAGUUGAUGUCCUGAGUGGCAUCUAUUCUGCCGAUUUCCUGACGACGCUAAAAAAUAUGAUGGAACACCCACAGAUCCAAGUCGAAUACCCCACGGUGCCGGAAGACGUUCGGAAGAUCAAGUCGACCUUGCUUUUGCUGGAGGACUUUCCUCGCAGCUUGGAUUUCACCCUCCGUUCCGCUAGAAUAUCUCGAGGCACGCUUCGAGUCAUUUGUAUUGAUCUCAAGGCUCUACUUGAGAAGCAGCCGAUUCCUGCUCUUGUCAAGGGCUCUAUCACACUUACCCGUCUUGGGCGAGAUGAAGCCGCUUUGGGGACCAAGCCCACUGCACAGUCGGCACCAGCCGUUCCCGUCAUGCCUGGAAGCUUUCCUGGUGACCCAUCUUCUCGAGCUGCGCGACGCCGUGAUCCCUUCGCUCUAGAUCAUGAGAGGCAAUCUUCCACCCCCGAACUGCCGGACUUUCCCAAGAGAGGAUUCUCGCGAAAGCAUCGCACCAUUCCUAUAGAGCUGAUUUUGCACCACCUAAUUCCUGAGGCCAAUGUUCCGACCUACGGAAAAUAUACUUCUGAUGGCUCUCAGCGAAAGAAACCGGCACCCCGGUCCAUUUUAAGGACUAAAUUGAAGUCCUUGUCUCCAACAAACCCCAAGCGGCUGCAAAGUGCAACGAAGAUGAAGUCGGUGCAUUUCGCUUCCCCUUUGCACAUGCCGUCCCCCGAGCCAAGAUCUCGCUUCCUUACCCCCACUAAGAAAAGGUUGACGGGGAUUUCUGACCCGUUUUAUUUGCGUUACCGCACACCCCCCCACUCUCCUCAACUUGCAUCUCCCAAUCUUCCCGACUCGCCCCUCGUCGCACCGAGCAGGACGGUCCAAACAGCCUCUUCGGCGCAGAUUGAUGGAUCUGCCGACCUUGACGAUACCGUAAACGAUACGAUGGCUACUGCCGGUGCUCGCGAGAGUACAGCUGCGAAUGAGUCUCCAGAGGAUGACUCGGCCAAUCAUGCGGGUGAAAAUCAACCCGCUCAGCAAGAAACCCAAUCAAUAACCCACAAUGAGAACAAUGAGAACAAUGCAUCCCAAGACCAGGAUGCUCAAGACGCAGAGCAGGAGCUCCAAACCACAAAUGAUGCAGACAAACAGGAGAAUGAGGAGACGACUGACGAAGAUGACGUCGUUCGUAGGCGACAGCCCAGCAUCAUGAAGACCAUGAUUGAAUCGGUCAAUGCCAGAUUCCCCAAGAAGGCAGCUCGGCCGUUUGAGGGCGACGAUUCGCCUCCACUACUAGCACUACAAGGAUUACGAAUUAGCGGUGGAAAGAAGGAAGACAUAGACGACAUCGGCAUUGCGAAGCAGCUUGAACAGGAGGCAGAAGAAGCCAGGGCUAGGGAAGAAGAGGAGAGACUUGCGGAGGAAGAGAAACUGCGCAGGACGGGCGGCCUGCGGAGCCCUCAUAAACCGCUCGUCGCGCCCCUGUCGGAGGAAUGGGCGCAAAGGGCGAGAGGCAGCCUCCACUCGAGCAGUGGUGCCCUCGCGUCCACGUCCGAGGGAACUCAACUACGCCAGCACGAUUUUGCUACCGUCGUGCCCGCCACCGAAUGGCUUAACGACGAAAUUGUCAACGGUUCGCUGCAAUGGCUCGAUCGCUAUGUCAACGCCAAAGCUGGGAUCACCGACACUCGAUCCCAUGACCGCACGUUCCUCGCCUGCUCGACAUUCAUGUGGGAAAGGAUCAACCAAGCCGGCCCUGGAAGUACCGAACGCGCUCUCCGACGCGUUGGCGUGAGCAAGAACAACUUCCUCAAUCUCGACGCGGUGCUCUUACCGCUUUGCGAAAGAAAUCAUUGGACACUAAUCGUGAUCCGACCGAAACAACGGACGAUUGCGCACAUGAAUUCGAUGAGCCCUACCGGGUCGACCCGGCACCUCAGGAAGGCACAGGAAUGGGUCGAGGCGACAUUGAAGGAGAAAUACGUAGAGGACGAGUGGAAAGUCGUGGACCACGAAGCACCGCUCCAGACUAACGGUUACGACUGCGGUGUGCAUACGAUCACCAACGGUAUAUGCAUCGCUCUGGGGCUCAACCCCAUCGACGCUUACGCGUCACAUGAGAUGCCGCUGCAACGUUUGCGCAUUGCGGCCAUGCUUCUGAAUGGAGGCUUCACUGGGGAUUUCGACCUGGCGGACAUCUAGAAAGAUGCCGCCGGGCCCCUGCCUCUUGGAGGUUCUGAUGAACAAACGACGGACGUUUUGCGUUCAUGUGGUUUACCACAGAAACGACGGGUCCGUGGACCACCACGAAAACCCCGGGCCCGUCGGCCACCACUGAAACGACGGGUCCGUGGGCCACCGCCAAAAUGACCUCGGGCCCGUCGGCCACCACAGAAACGACGGGUCCGUGGACCACCACCAAACGAACCCCGGGCCCGUUGGCCACUACAGAAACGACGUCGUGGACCACCUCAGACACUCCGGAUGUAGAGAAUACGGCAUUGUCGUUGAUGCGGUUCACCACAAGACCCCCGGGCCCGUUGGCCGGAGACUCAGU